CUUCGGUGUCCGUAGUCGUUUUAUUUUACACGUAUUCGUUUGAAUUGUAUUUCUUUAAAAAAGUACUAUGCAUUUCAAAAGUGCUGUUAUACUUUGCGCGUUGUAUCUCAUAACGUCAGCAUGGAGCUUUGGACUGAACAGUGAACAACUGACUGAAAUUAUUAGGCUGUACGAAAAUCACAAAAUGUCAUCUAGUGAAAUUACCGCAGAAACUAUCACGAAAUUUAAGAAAGAAUUUUUUGGAAUACAAGAGCCUGAGAAAAUUAUUCCUUGCGAUUCAAGUCCAAAACUACCAACUGAGCCAACUGCCAUGACCGAAGACGAUACUUGUACAGGUCAAAAACUACCAACUGAGCCAAUUGUCGUGACCGAAGACGAUACUUGUACAGAUGAGGCCAAUGCUGUAGAUUUGAAGAAGUUACUGUUGACGUUAGCGUAUGAAGAUAAGAAAACACACGACAGCUUCAAGACUCAAAUGCUUACGUAUUUUGAAGUGGAGUUUUUCCUCCGAGUGUUCACUGAACACGCAAUGAGUUCUGACCAAAAUGGAUGUAUUGGUGUUCAACAGCUACCAGAGCUAUUAAAAGACUUAAAAUUAAAAAAAACGGAGAUCGAAAAUAUAGUCGAAAAACAUAAAGUCAAAUUUGUUAUCAAUGAAGCGGAUUUCUUGUUGAUAAUGUUGGAAACCAAACCAGAAGGGUAUGGCCUGGACCUAGAUCAAAUACAAAUGCUCAUUAAUCUGUAUCAUUUUGAUUAUAUAUCUGAUACCGGGAGAAUUGAUCCUAAGGAAGUUCAAGACCUCUUCAUAGAGUUUAAUAUGGCUCGCCCAAAACAUGAUUCGAAAUUGCUGUUCGAAUGCAACCGAUCCCCUGCGAAAGAGUUGAUGGAGUUGGUGUUGGUUACGGCAGAACGUAGCAGGAAGAAAUACACAAGAAAAGGGUUCAUUCAUACAACCAUAGUGCGGUCUAUCUUAAGCGAUUUCGUAGAACACGACAAGAACGGUGAUUGUCUGCUUUCUAAAAAAGAGUUGGCUACUAUGAUGAAGUCCAUCAAAACGCAUUGGUUUGUAAUUCCAGACUUGAGUUGUCCUCGAAAUAACGAAGGUUCAAAAACAUACAUUGCAAAAUUCUUGAAAAUUAUGUUCAGCUACUAUAUGUAAAUUACAAGAGAAAAUUGAGCUAGCCAUUGUACGUGAUGGCGACAAGCAAUCUUCAAAAAUAAUAUAUUGAUUUUAUCUUGU